GGCGCGGACCCGGGCCGGCCGAGGCGGGCGCAGGCUGGAGCUCGCGGCUGGCGGUCUGUGUGCGCGCGCUCGGAGAGCUCCCUUCGCAGAGUGGCCGGCUGAGGGGGAGCGAGGCCGACAGCCCCCCCGGAACUGCGGCGCCGAACGGAGCGAGGGAGCCCGGUGGCCGCAGAGUCGGGCCGCGAAAGUCCUCUGGGCUCCUCGGCGCCCCUCCAGCCGCGCUCCAUGCUCCGGCCGCGGCCCGGCCCCUCGCCCGGUCGCUGACGGCGCCAGCCGCCUCGGGGAGCCCCCAUGCACUGCGCGCGCCGGGAGCCGUAGGCUGCAGUUGCGCCGCGGCUCCGGGAGCCGGCGGGGGCGCCGCGGCCGUGGGGGGCGUCAAUGGAUCGCCAUUCCAGCUACAUCUUCAUCUGGCUGCAGCUCGAACUCUGCGCCAUGGCCGUGCUGCUCACCAAAGGUGAAAUCAGAUGCUACUGUGAUGCGGCCCACUGCGUGGCCACUGGCUAUAUGUGUAAAUCCGAGCUGAGCGCCUGCUUCUCCAGACUUCUCGAUCCUCAGAACACAAAUUCCCCGCUCACCCAUGGCUGCCUGGACUCUCUCGCAAGCACAGCAGACCUCUGCCAAGCCAAACAGGCACGAAACCACUCUGGCACCACCGUGCCCACAUUGGAAUGCUGUCAUGAAGAUAUGUGCAAUUACCGAGGGCUGCACGAUGUGCUCGCCCCUCCCAAGGGGGAGGCCUCAGGACAAGGAAACCGCUAUCAGCACGACGGCAGCAGGAGCCUCAUCACCAAAGUGCAGGAGCUGACUUCCUCCAAAGAGCUGUGGUUCCGGGCGGCUGUGAUCGCCGUUCCCAUCGCUGGCGGCCUGAUUCUGGUGUUGCUGAUUAUGCUGGCCUUGAGGAUGCUCCGAAGUGAGAACAGGAGACUGCAGGACCAGCGGCAGCAGAUGCUGUCCCGUUUGCAUUACAGCUUCCACGGACACCAUUCCAAAAAGGGGCAGGUGGCCAAGUUGGACUUGGAGUGCAUGGUGCCGGUGAGCGGCCACGAGAACUGCUGUCUGACCUGUGACAAGAUGAGACAAGCGGACCUCAGCAACGAGAAGAUCCUCUCGCUCGUUCACUGGGGCAUGUACAGUGGACACGGGAAGCUGGAAUUCGUAUGACGGGGUCUGACCCCACACCGAAGUUCUGGGACGCUUGAAGGCUUGGAGUUCGGCUGGACAGGAGCACUUUAUCUGAAGAAAAACGAACUCACGGAAUCACCUUUGAGAGACGAAAUGACCUCUGCAAACAGAAUCUUGGAUAUUUCUUCUGAAGGAUUAUUUGCACAGACUCUUAAAUACAGUCAAAUGUAUUAUUUGCUUUAAAAUUAUAAAAAGCAACGAGAAGACUGCGUACACACUGUUACCAGGGUUAUUUGCAUCUGAGCGAGCUGGAAUUGAGUACCUAAAUAAACUAAAAAUGUGCUCUGUGUAAGCUCCAACAUCUUGAUUUAUUGUAAAGAUUUAAAAAUAUAUAUAUCUAUAUAUAUAUUUUGUCUGAAAUUUAGCGGUGUCUUGUCCUAAAUUAAAAACUAAGCGGGAAGCCUAAGAAACUCCGUGUUAAUUAUACGUAUGAAGCUCUGUUGUCACUCAUAGCAAGGUCUCAACAGUAGGAUUUGGCUUGUUUUGUUUUGUUUUUUGUUUUUUAAACAAGACCAAGAUCUUGUUUUUCCUUACAUGCGUAUUUGUAGUUUUCUUGCAGUGUGGAGAAUUUCUUCAAUGUGUCCUGCCCAUCAUUCAGUGUCCUACCCACAUGUUUUUGUUAGAAGAAUCCUGGUUUUUAUCACCUAAGAGAAAUCUUACGCUUCUUUAUACCAGGUCGGAUAUGACGAUCAGCCUGGAGCUGCCUCGUGAGCAGAGGUAAUCUUCAUCCGCUUAAUCCCGUUGCUCGGGAAUGCUUUUUAAAAUGUGUCUACCUCCAACCAAAAAAGAAAAACCAAACCAAACCUGCUAACCGAAACUCCUUUUAGUUAGUCACUGCCCACUUGUACUGUCGAUUAAUU